AUGGACAGCUUCUACCACCACCAUAACCACCACUUUGAUAACAGCGACACUCACUUGCCACCUGGAUUCCGAUUCCACCCCACCGAUGAAGAACUCAUCACCUACUACCUCGUCAAGAAGGUUCUCGACAACACCUUCACCGGAAGAGCCAUAGCUGAAGUUGACCUCAACAAGUGUGAGCCAUGGGAGCUCCCUGAGAAAGCGAAGAUGGGUGAGAAAGAAUGGUACUUCUUCAGCUUAAGGGACAGGAAGUACCCAACUGGGUUGCGCACAAAUAGAGCGACGGAAGCUGGGUACUGGAAAGCCACUGGAAAAGACAGAGAGAUCUACAGCUCCAAGACUUGUGCUCUUGUUGGAAUGAAGAAGACACUUGUUUUCUACAGAGGAAGAGCUCCCAAGGGUGAGAAGAGCAACUGGGUGAUGCAUGAGUAUCGGCUUGAAGGCAAAUUUGCAUACCAUUAUCUCUCUAGAAGCUCCAAGGAUGAGUGGGUGAUUUCUCGUGUGUUCCAGAAGACAACCACCGGGGGUGGCGGUGGAGGCGGAGGCUCAGCCGUGUCAACCACCGCCGGCGGGUCCAAGAAGGCAAAAGUGAGCACUUCAACCACCACUUCUACAAUGAGCUUCUGCCCUGAACCAAGUUCUCCCUCUUCGGUUUACCUUCCACCACUUCUCGACUCUUCACCUUACACUACCGCCACCACCGGCUCCGUCACCUCCGCCGCCGCAGCAUACGACGGCCGCCAGAGCUCCUCCUUCGACAACAACAACAACAACAACGAUAGCACAAGGGAGCACGUGUCCUGUUUCUCCACAAUCUCCAACAACUUUGUCAAUGGGUUCUUCGAUCUUGCUCCUAUGGAUUCCUUCGCUCGAUUCCAAAGAAACAACAAUGUCGGUGUUUCUGCAUUCCCAAGUCUAAGGUCGCUGCAAGAUAACCUUCAAAUUAACCCUUUGUUUUUCUCCGCCGCAGCGGCGCAGCCUCUCCACGGCGGCGAGCUUCACGCCGCAGGGGCCUGGCCGGUGCCGGAUGAUCAGAGGGUUGCCGAGGCUGCUGCCGCCGGCAUGGCUUUGGGACAUUCCGAGCUUGAUUGCAUGUGGGGCUAUUGAAGUCUUUUCCCAUUGACCCUUUCAAGCGUUGACUUUCAUGGUUAGGAUUUGACUAAGAAGUGUCUUUCUACUUUCUAAUGCUUUGUUAUUAUUAUUAGGGUUUGGACUUUAUGUUAGACUUGAAUUACAAGUUAGUAGUACUUUUUAUGGUAGCUUAUUAAUUAUAAGAUCUUUGCUAAUGCUAAUUAUUCUAUCUCUCUCUCUUGCUAGGGUAGUUUGAAUUCGGUUAUUGUAACGUGUUGGGGUAUUGAAGUUUAAAUUCGGUUACUCUAAUGUGUGUAAUU